CCGCUCCGCAGCCCUGGGUGCAGGUUGUAUGGCGGCGGCGGUUCCGACCCUGCUGUGGUGCAGCCUAGCAGCCCCCCCGGCCCCCUCUGCCAUCUGUCCCAAUGCUCCUCGCCCCGCCCCAUCACCCGGCGGCACGCACACCUCUCGGCCGGUGGACGCGCUCUGCCCCUGCGUGCCCGCAGCCGUGGUGCGGACGCCCGAGAGCGGGGGUCUCCUCAGGCCGAGGGGGGAAGGAUGGCAGCCGUGACGGCGAGGCCGCCUCGCAGGGGGAGACCCCGAGUCCCCUCCUGCAGGAGAGCCCCGUGGAGCCCCGCGGCGCCAGGGGGAGGAGGGGGCCGCGGAGCGCGCCGCGACGCCGAGAGGCGAGGGCCGAGCUGGUGCAGCUCCAGCUGGUGAAGGACAAGAAGAGCCGCGUGGCCCGCUCCGAGACGGUGAAAUGAGCGAUCGGAGACUCGAAGGCUCUGUUCCCCGAGAUCGUCGCGAGGGCCGCAGAGCAGCUGCGGUGUGUCUUCGGGUUUGAGCGGAAACAGCUUGACUGCGAGCACCCUGCUUCCAUCCUGAUCAACAAACCAAAACCUCUUGAUGAGGAAGACCUGGGAGGAGGGGGCCCCAGGUCUGGUCGUUUAAUGAUGGUCCUGGGCCUUAUCGACAGGAAAGGUAAUCGAGCCAGGGGCCAGCUGUGGAAGAUGCUGCGUCGGUUGGGGGUGCGUCCCUCAAAGUUCCUCUUUGGUUACCCGAAGAGGCUUAUCAUGGAAGAUUUCGUGCAGCAGCGAUCGAUUCCUCAGUUCCAGGCGGGUGGCUCACACCAUCCGCGGGAAUAUGAAUUCUCUUGGGGUCCCCGAAGCAACCUGGAAACCAGCAAGAUGAAAGUUAUGGGGUUCGUGGCCAAGCUCCGUAAGAAAGAACCCCAGCACUGGCCAGUGCAGGAUCGGGAGGCCCUGGCCGGCCUCUGCUCUGGUGAGGGACGGUGGAAAAGUGGCCAGCGGGGCCCGUGGGUGUGGGACCGGCCGCCUGAGUCCGAGCAGAAAAGGGGGAGGGAGUCGUUAUUUCUGUAGAAGUUGUAUUUGUGUAACUUUGGGUUCGGUAUCGCUACAUUUUGUUACAUUUAAUAUACUGUUAAAUUGCUGUUUAUAAAUUAGAUCGGCCGACGUUUUUUGUAGGAUCUUGUUGGUUUUGUAAAAUGGAUUAAAAAACUCUUAUUCUGUAAUGCUGUAAUUUUAUUCUUGAAAGAAUUCGGCAGUCCGAUGACCUGGUUUCAGUAAAAAAACAAUUAGUGUCUAGCAUCCCAAGAUUUUUGUCUGUUGUAUCUUAAAAAAAAACUGACAUGUACCUCUGUUUGCUUAGCUAUUGUAGUAUCUAGAGGAAAAUAAAAAUCCAUUAAUUAGAAGCAAAUGCUGGUACACUUAAUAAAUAGUCAUUGAGCAUCUUCUUUUGUGUGAUGCACUGUUUUGGGCAUUGGGGAUGAAGCGUUGAACAAGGUAAAGUGCCUGCCUUUCAGAAUCAGUGAAUACACCAGAAAUUACACUGUGGUGAGCUGAGGGCUAC